ACAUUUGUAUCUGUGGUACAUGUUACAAUAAAUGUUUAUCGCGUUUGUCCAGACGGUGGCAGUGUUAUUCCGGGUAACGUGACGUCACAGCGCGCCAAACUGAACGAUCAACUAAUCCAACCAACGCUCUGUGUUUGCAGCGCUAAUACGGGCGCUGCGAAACGUCCCCAUCAUGGAAUACGACGAGAGCGUCUUGAUCAAACGUAGCGACGGCGAACCGGUCACAGCGGCGGUAGAUAAGCCGAUGACCUUCCACUGCGCGAAGUGCAACACGCUGCUGGCCGACUCCUUCGGCGUGUGCGGGGAAAGUAAAUGUCUGGAUUCCAUCGCGUGUUUGAGAGUGACUAAAGAUGUGGUCAUCGCUGACGCGAGUAAGGUCGGACAUAAAGGAGAACUGGCUAACUGCGUUUACAGCUCCGUGAAGUGUUGCGACUGCUGCAGCACUGUGGGGAAAGUCAUCCUCUCCGCUCCAUCACACCUGGCCGCCCUUCGCUCGCUCGUCCUCCUUUGCAAAGCAAACCUCAAUUGUUACAUCCUUGACAGCAGCUCUAUGGUGAAAGCAUCCACGCUCACAUUUGACCUGAAACCCCUUAGAGAUGACAUCGACAUGGUGAUGCAGCAGUUUGAAGCCAAAAUGGAUCAGAUGUUGUGCAUUAGGGACAGACUGGCUGAGAGGAGUGGGACCAGUGAAUUAUACGUGGACAUGUAGCCUGCAAAAGGCAGCACAGAGCUACGCUCAGCUAAUCACCAACCGUAUUCAGCAACCCAGUAGAUCACAAAGCGCUUAAUAAACAGGAUCCUAAUUGUAUGUUAUAUGUAAAAUCUGAAUAAAAAUCUUAAUUUACCACCCUCAGCAAACUGCA